GCCAAGUUAAACACACCUCCAACAUCCAAUGAAUACAGAAUCAUCAGAGCUACUGAGUCUGACAGUGGAGGAUACAGCUGCCGGGGCAGAAGGGACUAUUUCUUCUCAGAGUGGAGUGAUAUCAUCACACUGACUGUAUCAAAUAAACCAAAGGCCAAACUGAGAGCUGAUAACACAGCUGUUCCAGUAGGGGGCAGUGUGACCCUGACCUGCUCUGUGAACCCAUCAUCAUCAUCUGGAUGGAAAUACUACUGGUACAGAGAUGAACCUCUGAGUCCACAGGAUGGAGUUUUUCUAUCAAAUGACCAAAUCAGAGUCUCACAGGGAGGACUCUACAGGUGCAGAGGAGAAAGAGAAGCUUACUACCGGUACACAGAGGAGUGAGUCAGUUUGGAUUGACACAACUGUCUCAAACAGGCCUGUUGUGACUCUGCAUCCAAACUGGUCUGAGAUAUACAGAGGAGAGACGAUCACUGUCAGAUGUGAGAUCCAUGGAGGAGACACUGAGUGGGAUUAUGAGUGGGAAGCAAACAGCAUCAGAAAACCUCCAAAUCUAAAUGAAUACAGGAUUAUUUAUGCUUCAUCAUCCAACAGUGGAAACUAUCGCUGUAAGGGCAGAAUGAAAAGUUCACAGCAUGAAACAACAGAGUGGAGUGAUUCAGUCACACUGACAGUUUCAACAAGUAAACCCAGAGCCACACUGACAGCACAAAGUUCAAUCAUACCAGCAGGGGGCAGUGUGACACUGAGCUGCUCUGUGGAGGGCUCUGCUGGCUGGAAGUUUGACUGGUUCAGACGUGAUUCAGUCUCUUCUAAAGCUCAGCUCAUGAGAGGAAAUGAAGCAAACAGAGUUAUUAGUGUCUCACAAGGAGGUCUGUACCACUGCAGAGGAGGGAGAGGAGAUCCAGUUUACUACACAGAGGACAGCAGUGACGUCACAGUUACAGAAACUUGUGAGUUUAAUUAUUUUAUUUCUGCCAAACUGAGACAGAUCAAGUUAUGUGAUCUGUGCUGUUCUUCGGUUUGUUUUCUUACAUGGAGAGGUGGAAAUGAGAAAAUAGAAGAACUUCAGUGUCAUUGUGACAAAGUGUGCACUCUGAAAGAGCCCAUCUGGUUCUCAGAGAAAAAAAUCAUUACAA